AAAUCCCAAGUUUCUCCGGCUCUUCCCUUUUAACUCCUUUCUGUUCCUCUCGUUCUUUUUCACCCACAAAAGAAAAAUAUGCUUAUACUACAAUUAACCAUGCCUUCAAGUGCUCGUCUAGUUCACAGGCAAUGAAUCAUGGGCCUUUUCCGGCGACUCUUUGGCGCCAAGAAGCCUGCCCAACCACGCCCCGACAAAGACAGGAGGCGUUGGAGCUUUACCAGAUCUUCCCAUCCCACGUCUUCGACUUCUCAUCUUGAUGCCCUUUCUGGUCCAUGCAAUGGCACAUUGGAUGCCAACAAGCGCGCCAUAGCAGUAGCAGCCGCCACUGCUGCUGUAGCUGAGGCUGCUCUGGCUGCAGCGCAUGCGGCGGCUGAGGUUGUUAGACUGACAAGUGGUGGUGUUGGCAGCGCCGAUGGGAGCAACCGACGCCUCCCACAAGAACUAGCGGCUGUUAAGAUACAGUCCGCUUUUCGAGGUUAUCUGGCACGGAGGGCACUGAGGGCUUUGAAAGCAUUGGUGAAGCUUCAAGCACUGGUGAGAGGUCACAUUGUGAGGAAGCAAACAGCAGACAUGCUCAGACGCAUGCAAACAUUGGUCAGACUUCAAGCUCGAGCCCGUGCUAGUCGUUCUUACAUGACAAAAUCUUUCUAUUCAACCUGCAAGAUAUCCCAUUCACGGCAUGCUGUCCAUGCACAUUCUUUAAAAGAUGAAUGCCAGCUUCAUGUUUGUAGUACUAAAUAUGAUGGGUCCUCAAUCCUUAAGAGAUGUGGUUCAAAUUCAAACCUAAUGGACACCAUCAAUCUAGAGAAAGCACGGAUGGGUUCGAAUUGGUUGGACAAUUGGAUGGAAGAAAGCUUAAGGAAUAACCAUAGAGAUUCUCCGCUUAUACAUAGGCAUGCUGAUGAUGCGAAGAGUGAUAAAAUCCUUGAAGUAGAUACUUGGAAACCAAACUUGAACUGCCCACCAUGUAAUCGGAACUUUAGGACAUCUCAGCAUGGCUCAGCUUUUGAUUAUAACCAGAGCUACAUGGCAUAUGGCUCCCCUAGAAAACAGUCAGGAAAAGGUUCGAAUCAGAUACCAGAUAACUUUUCGGCAGAAGUUUUACCAUUAAGCUCUCUAAAACAUCCUGGAAGGAAAGAUAAAGCAAUUUUAAGGACUGCUGAUAUUGACAACAGCCCACAAGUACUUUCUGCAUCAUCAUCAAGACCUGGAAGUAGUGCUAGAAGAAGUCCUUUCGCAAAGAGUGAAUGCUCAUGGGGCUAUUUAAGUGGAUUUUCUGGUCACCCAAAUUACAUGGCUAAUACGGAAUCAUUCCGGGCUAAGUACCGGUCUCAGAGUGCCCCAAGGCAGAGACUAGAGUUUGACAAGUAUGGUUCUAACAGAAGAACCUUUCAGGGGUUGUGGGAUUCAGAAAGAGAUCCGGCUCAACAUGUUGAUUAUAGGUACAGGUAUAAUCUAGCAUCUGAUUGCUUGAAUAAGCUUGCUGGUGCCCACCAAGGGCAAUGACCCCCCUUUUUAUUUCCUCGUGUGUGAUUAGGCACUGCUGUGCUGUGCUAGGGCUGUAAUUAAAUUACUGUGAUGUUACGAACUUAGAUCUACAGUGGUCUACAGGUCCGAAACAGCAUGACACGACUGCCGUUUGCUGAAAAUGUUAAGCUUUGCAGUUCAGUUCCCACUCCAUGAAUUUAGAUUGCAUUUUUGUAUUAUAUAGUUGUGAAGCAGAACUCUUAACUUAAUCCAGAUGAUUGGUUCGUGUCUUAA